AUGCCACCCUUCGUUGGACGAAAACGACGUUCCGCUUCACCCGUGCCUGCUCCUCCACCCGCGAAAAGAGUAAAGACUGGAGCACCAAGCGCAUCCAGACCCCCUCCAGCACUGCAGAAGAAGAUCAGCAGAUUCACUGUCGGUAGUGAUGACUCUGAUUCGACCUUGAGCGAGGUUGAUAGUGACGAGUUUGAGGAUGUUGCUGGUCCCAGCAAGCCCUCGAGUUACCACAGGUUGGCUCAUGCUGGCAAGCAAGACGAUGACGAGGACGAGGACAUAGAAUGGGAGGAUACUCCAGCUCAUCCUGUCGCCCCUGACUUUUCAAAGCGCGAGUUCAAAGAUGUAAAGAUCACCGUGGACAAGGACGAGGAACCCUACUUCAGCGCUCGAAACACGACCAAGAAAGGUCCUUCGAAACGUGAAAAGCAGGCUCGGAUGUGGGCUCAUCAAAUGCAUGUUCAGUUCCUUUUAUGGCACAAUGCAAAGCGAAAUGAGUGGGUCAACGAUAAGAAAGUGCACGAUAUUCUGCUGAAACAGCUACCAUCACAGAUUACAAAAGAGAUUGAGAAGUGGAGGAGAGCCAGUGGGCUGACUGUUGAGUCACAGGAGCGGUUGUCAAAGGACAAGAAGAAGAAGAUCAAGAAGUGGAAGGCCAACGGAGAACGAAACGAGCGGGACUGGGGUCGUCCAAGCCAGAGACUCGAGGAGGGCAAACCAGAUAUGAGCUCUGGCGAUCCAAUCAUCAGUCUAUUGAAAGUACUUGCUGCUUAUUGGAAGAAGAGAUUCGCAAUCACAGCUCCCGGUCUAAGAAAGCGUGGUUACAGCACAAGGGCUAUCCUGCGCAAGGACAUUGAAUCAUACCGCAGUGACAAGCACCAUCCUGCGAAACAUGGAGAAAGAAUCCAAAGCCUGCAGCAUUUUCGCAAUCUGGCAGAAAAAUGUGGAGGCUCUAGAGACAUAGGCGCGCAGCUCUUUACGGCUUUGUUGAGAGCUAUUGGUAUUGAGGCACGACUAGUUGCUUCACUGCAGCCGACAGGUUUCGGUUUCACCAAAGCUGAAGAGAUGGUACCACGAAAGAUCAUAGAUCCCGAGUCAUCUGAGGACAGCGAUGUUGGAAGCGAACCAGAGGCGUCUAAGAAGAAAGGCAAAGCACAAUCACGCAAAGCAGGAGUCAAGUCUGCUCCCAUCGAUCUGGAUACUGAUGUCGAGGAUGACACAAAGAUGGAGACGGAUGAUGAAUCAGUAGUCGACGUAACACCAGCUAUGCCCAAAGCCAGACCAGCAAAGUACGACAGAGACCUGCUCUUUCCAGUAUACUGGGCAGAGGCUAUUUCACCGAUCACAUCCAAGGUCUACCCCGUGUCACCCCUUGUGCUCGAGAAUGCAGUGGCCACCUCUGCUGAGACCUUAGCUGCUUUUGAACCCAAAGGGGCUAAAGCGGACAAGACACGGCAAGUCAUGGCGUAUGUCGUGGCUUACUCUUCAGACUAUUCUGCCAAGGACGUUACGGUGAGAUAUCUACGCAAGAGACUUUGGCCUGGAAAGACGAAAGGUUUUCGUGUACCAAUUGAAAAGGUGCAGAUUCACGACAAACGUGGAAAGGUCAAACGAAGUGAGCAGUAUGACUGGUUCAAGCAUGUUCUCAGCGCCUACCGGCGGUCCGACCGCAAACGUACUGCCGUUGAUGACACGGAAGAUGCUACUGAUCUAGUACCCGCUGAGCCUGAGAAGAAACAGCUUGAAGGCGACACAUUGCAAAGCCUCAAGGCAUCGACAGAAUUUGUGAUUGAAAAACAUCUACGACGUGAAGAGGCACUGAUCGUUGGCGCAGAGCCUGACCGAUAUUUCAAUCUUGGCAAGGGUGAGAAGCAGGAGGAGAUAGCAGUCUACAAGCGCUCGGACGUUCGAAGAGUCAUGACAGCUGAAUCUUGGCACAAGGAAGGUCGAGUGCCGAGAGCAGGGGAAGCUCCUAUGAAGUACGCGCCUGUACGUGCAGUGACUCUGACGCGAAAAAGAGAAGCCGAAGAGCAUCUCAUUCGUACCGGCGAGAAGCAGAUGCAAGGUCUAUACAGCGAGGAACAAACAGAAUAUAUCAUACCACCUCCAAUCAAAGAUGGUCACAUACCAAAGAACUCAUAUGGUAACAUCGAUUGCUUUGUGCCCAGCAUGGUGCCGAAAGGUGCAGUCCAUCUACCAUUAAAGGGAUGUGUACGCCUGUGCAAGAAGCUCGAGAUUGACUUUGCAGAGGCGGUCGUCGGAUUCGAGUUUGGUAACAAAAUGGCUGUUCCGGUUAUUCAGGGUGUAGUGAUCGCCAAGGAGAAUGAGAAGGUCGUGCGAGAUGCAUGGCGGACAUGGAACGAAGAAGAGGAGACUAAGAUGGAGAAGUUGGUCCUUGAGACUUGGCGCAAGAUGGUGAUCGGGCUCAGAAUACGCGAUCGAGUGCAAGAGGAAUAUGGAUUACCUUCCGACCGAGGAGAUCUUCAAUCAGGUCGUGUCAAGGACGACCCUAUUCAGCUUAACGAGGAGGAUCAUACCACGGGCGUUGAGCCAGAUCAGAAUGAUCAUGAAUUCGGUGGCGGCUUUCUCGUUGAUCAUGAGGACGAUGCCAAUCAACGCGAAGAACUGACCUUGGACUUCUUCGCUGAAUCGGACACGGACCGAAGGGGUUUACCAAAUAUCUCCGCAUCGCAAGACUAUUACAGUCCCGAUUACAGCCAAGGAUACCCAACCCCUGUGUCACCUCCACGCCUGUCGGAGAAGUCUGCCUCUGCACCUGGGCCUGAACCAAUUCUAUACGAUAGCGAUGAAGAUGAUCUGGGAAGCACGCGAACACCCAGAGAUACAGCUGGUGGUUUUCUUCAGGACGACGAAGAAUCCAGUGCUGCCGUGCCCGCCUCGAAACCAAAGAAAACGGCGAAGCGCAAGUCCAUUACAGUCGCUUCUAACGACAAUGGAGGAGAGAAUGGUACUACUGCACCUGAAUUGAAGCCUCGACCUCGUGGUAGACCACGCAAGACUGCAACACAGCAAGAAGCACCCACAUCGUCAGUGAAGAAGACACGAAGCACGCCUGCUCGUGGCGCAAAAUCCAAAAUCACAUCGAUGAACGUCGAUGGUUCCGCUGACUCCGAGAACGAUGACACCCAGACGGGUAGUAGAGAGUCACAUGCAUCGCAUGACAGCGGCUACACUGAUUCGGGCAUUGAAAUGUUCACUAAGCAGUCAGAAGCACCCGCGUCAACAACGGUCAUAGGUGGCAGCACUGGUCGACGCGGGCGGAGGCUGCUGCGAAAAGAAAGUACGAGGGUGACUAGCCCAUACUUCGACCAGCAAUAA